ACAAUGUCGCUUUAAUUCAAAGCAAUAUGUUGUUAACAUUGUAUUCCGUAUUUACUUUCGGUGCUUUAUUUACGACAUGUUAUGGAGAUGCCGAGUUGUUGGGUGAAGGCCGCUGGCUAGUACUGUCUAUGAGGGACUGCGAGGACGCGGACCAAUACGACAUAAUCAUGACGUCAUCGCGGACCAAGAUCAACAGGACUCACGACAGCUUCAACAUGCACCUGGAUCUUGAUAGAGAGUUAAAUUCUUCGUAUGGAAUAGAAGUAGACAUUUUCAAGUUAAUAGACGGCACAUUCAAGUUUCACCACACGAUGGGAGGUGAUGACUUUUGCGAGUUCGCCAAGAAGCACACCGGUGACAACUGGAACAAACUCCUUGCCCUGGGUGGCGUAGACCCACCGGACUGUCCUAUACCUACAGGAGAAAUUAAAAUAAACGAGUUCAUAGUGGACUACCAGCAAAUGGAAAAGACGGGUUUGUACGGCACGUUCGACGUGAUAGUGUACUUGUUACAAGAGGGGCACAGGAUCAUAUGUACCCAGUGGAUGCUGCGCUUCGAGAAGGAACACGACGAUGACGAUGACGACGAUGACGAUGAUUGAUGAUUAAAUGUGUGUUUGAAGCAUUUU